GGUGCCGAUACGUAUCCGACGCCGCUCUGGACUCUCCGCGUCGAUUAACAAACACGUGAUCAUUUAUUGGAUAGUAUCGACGAGGGCAGGUCGUAAAUAAGAAAAAGGAGGUGAUUUAUAGAAGACGUUGGGGAAGUUCCAUCAUGUAAGGGUCGUCGUUUUUCCUAUAAAUAAAUUAGUUGAAAUGAAACAUAAAUGAAGCCGUAAACGCUCCCGAGUCACGUCAACCAUGGCCUCAUGUCCUUUUCGGCGUACUUCGUCGCAUGCCCUCCCGAAUGGUGCUCUGAAGAGAUCUUUCACGUCGAGACAGUCUUCUAUUCAAAUCCCUAACGACGACCAAGAUGAAGAGGACAAAAAUACGCUCAACUUAAAACACUUGAAUGAUGCCAUCGUGACACUUACAGCGCCACCGAACGAAGCACUUCAAGUUGCCUUGGAAUCUCUCUUGCUGAAAGAAAAAGAAUCUAAUCCCAGUAGGUACACCUGUCUAAACCGAUUACCGAGCGACGUCAGCCAUUGUAGCCAUUAUGCCUAUUUGGAGGACUUAUACGACAUCAUUUCCUCCGAAGAUGACAUCGACGAAUUCGAUUUCCUGGACAAACUCGGCCAAGAACUUAUUUCUACCACGUGUAGUGGCCGUCUGGAGCGCGCCUUCAAGUGCCUAGGCGGCGACCUUAAAGAAUUCUUAACAACUUUAGACGGCGUUCACGACGUCCUUAAAUAUCAAGAGGAAGUAGAACACGAAAACGAGGCCUUCAUUUGCACCACUAGCGACGAUUGCCUCCAACUGGACUUCACCACUGAGAGACCGGCCGUGGCUUACCUGUUAGUAGGCAGCCUGAAAUCCAUAGCACGCAUUUUAUACAACACACGCGCCGAGGUGGAAGUCACCCAGAGUAAACAAGACUCGAGAAAUUUCAGCUUCAAAAUAAGGCGAAUUAAUGACGGCAAGGCGCUAAAAGAGACCAUAACUCAGCGGAUUUGCCCGGCCGUGACCGACCUGCAGAUGGGGGUCGCGACCUUCUGCAAGGCAUUUCCCUGGCAUUUCGUCCUGGACAGGCGACUGGAUCUGGUCCAGCUGGGCGCAGGAUUUAUGCGGCUGUUCGGCAGGAUGCUGACGAGCUGCGGCAAGUCGGUGGCUACAUAUUUCGAGUUCCACAGACCGAGAAGCAUCACUUUGUCCUUCGGAGAGAUCGUUAAGAGGGCCAAUACACCUUUCGUGCUCGCCAUAAGAAAUCUUCCGGGAGUUGAGGCAUUUCCAGCGGAAGGUCUGGAACUGAAAGGUCAAAUGGUGUACUGUCCGGAAUCCGAUUCGAUAUUGUUUAUCGGUUCACCUUUCUUGGACGGACUGGAAGGUCUCACCGGCAGCGGCCUUUUCAUCUCUGAUAUUCCCAUGCACGAUGCUACAAGAGACGUCAUCUUAGUAGGGGAGCAAGCGCGAGCGCAGGACGGCUUACGUCGCCGAAUGGAUAAACUGAAGAGUUCAAUUGAGGAAGGCAACAGGGCUGUGGAUAAGGAAAGGGAGAAGAAUGUUAGCUUAUUACAUUUGAUUUUUCCACCAGACAUCGCAAAGCGGCUGUGGCUUGGUCAGACCAUCGAAGCAAAAACCCACGAAGACGUCACGAUGCUCUUCUCUGACAUUGUCGGUUUCACUUCCAUCUGUUCAACCGCUACUCCGAUGAUGGUGAUCAACAUGCUGCAAGACCUCUACAACCAAUUCGACGUGUUUUGCGGUCAACUAGACGUGUACAAAGUGGAAACAAUAGGAGAUGCUUACUGCGUAGCGGGAGGUUUACACAAGGAGACAGACACCCACGCCCUCCAAAUAGCCUGGAUGGCCUUAAAAAUGAUCGACACUUGUUCGCAUCAUCAGACACAUCAAGGACAACCGAUAAGGAUGCGAAUAGGUCUACACACUGGUUCAGUUCUAGCAGGGGUUGUCGGCGUAAAAAUGCCGCGCUACUGCAUGUUUGGCCACAAUGUCACGAUCGCGAAUAAAUUCGAAUCUGGUAGUGAACCCCUCAGGAUAAACGUCAGUCCUACCACAUACGAGAGACUGGUGAUGACCGAAGGGUUCAGUUUCGAGGCGCGUGACCGAAGCUGUCUCCCCAAAGACUUUCCCAGAAACAUACCGGGAACCUGCCACUUCCUAACAGGAUACAAACACGAAUCGGUGGCGGAGGACGCACCGCUCACUCAACACAUCGAGGCCGGCUUGAAGGAUAUCGGACUCAGUUCCGACAUAUCCUAAUAAAGCCGGGAUCACCUAGCAAUAAUUUCCUUUUUAUACACUCAUCUGUACCAUAGCUUCUACGAGUUCGGCAAUAAACGCACAUUGCAGUACUCUGUACAUAAAAGGCUUGAUGGGACAACGCAACGCUUGUUCCGGCUAUCAGUAUAAGUGUAUCACAGGACCACACAACUUUGCAAUAAAAACACUUAUUGAUAAGGGGUUAUUUAAUCUUCACGUUCUCACUGAUGCUUAUUGUGAUUUUUGUAAAUAUGUAAAAACUGUGACCAGUCGAAGCUUUGUUACCUUUGCUAUUCACUGAUUUUGUGUAAGUUAGAAUUAAGAAACUACCUGUAAUGGAUUUCUACUGUGUUCAACCUAUGGACUCGUACUUGGGAGUUUCACUGAUUCAACAAAAUGUUGACUGUAUGUAUAAAAAAUGACAUUUCUAUUUAUCUGAAAGUAUAAAGCGUUUGUUCUAAACUUCGGAGCUAGGACUUUGUAAGAUUGUAGUAAACUGAUUUAAAACAGUCUUUCCUUCAUACAUUCAUAAGCUUUAUAAACAAAAAGACAAACACAAUUCUAACAAUGUUAAUGUAACUCUAUUAGUGUUAAUGAUAAUUUCUUGUUGUUCACUUCAUUUUUGUUUAGGAACAUGAUUUUAGUUUAAUAAAUCAUCAC